AUGGAGAAUCCGCACGCUGAGCGUCAAGCUGUUCUCAUUGAACGCAUAACGAAAAAUGCGGAUAAAUGUACCGAAGUCAUCGUCGAACUCAAUCAUUGCAUUGAGGAAAUACUGAGGGCGAAUUCGUACGUGAAGACAGCUGCGGACCUCAUCACCAAGUACCACAAGAAUGUGCAAUAUAACCUGGAGGCGACCAAAGGGCAAGACGCGUAG